ACAAACUCCCCUCUCUUUACUUGUCGGCAACUGGCAACUGCCAUCUGCAACUUACCAGAAAAAAAAAAAACCCUAGAAUUAUAGGGUUAAAUUCUGCUCGAAUUGUUCAUAAUUUCAUGAAUUGGAAAGCUUUCAACAAUGGCUAACAACAAUGAAGAGCCUAGCACUGCUCCAGCGCCUAAUCGCUGGUACAACAUUACUUUAGGCUCCUCCUUCAGAGACCACCACCACAGUCGUCAAUCUCCCAAGUUCUGCACUUUACGCUAUGAAUUUAAACCAGCUUCUAUAGAUCGGAGCCAACCUGGAUCACUCCAUAAGAGCAGGGAUAACAGGGUUACGGUAGAAUUUCAAAACAAUCAGCAUGGAAAACCCAAGGUGAUCUUUGAGGGUGUUGGUGAAGAUUACAGGGACAAGGACAAUGAUGCAGUUUUACUUUUUGAUGGUGAGACAUGUCGAUUGGAGCGAUUGCACCAAGCUGUGAAGCGAUUGAGGCAUGUUCGUAUACCUGGUGAGCCUUCAGCUGCAGCCGCAUCAACCAUGACUACUUUGGUCACACCAGUGGUGGAAUCUCACUCAACUACGGUUAGUAAAGGGUCAAAACUGCAGCCUGUGAGCUCAGGCAUAGUUCAUGAAAAGGUUCAGGUGGGGCAGAUUGACACUGGAAAGUCAACAAACUUAGAUGCAGAACCUCAAAGUGAAAAGGAUGUGGAGUGUUCAGCUGUUCCUAAUCCAUCAAUAUCAUCACCAUUUGCUGAGAAUAUUCAAGCAGAUGAAUAUGUAGAAAUAGUUGAUGACAAUGAUGAUGGUUGUGAGAUGGGAAAUAGAGGGAAUGCUUCUAAACAGGAGUUCCGCACUGGUCUUGAUAUUGAUAUCAACUUACCGCAUCAAAUUGACAUGGAUGAAGAAAUAGCUGAUGUAGAUGUUAGUGAUGACGACGCAGAUAAGGGCCCUAAUGCCGCCGAAGCUCUUAGAGCUCAGGUAAAUGCUGAAUGUCAAAAGAAACAAACUUCAAGCUCAAGCAGCAGCAGUGAUAGUGAGAGUAGUGAGACAGAAAGUGGGAGCGGCAGUGGGACUGGAAGUGUGAGUGCAAGUACUAGCAGUGAUAGCGAAAGUAGUGAGGCUGACUCAGUCAACUCUAUCUGAGAUAUCUGAGUCAUGCAAGCCAUUCAGCAACUCCACUCUGUUGGUGUAGCAGACAGUGGCGAAGUUGUGGAAUGUUAUUCUACUGAUGCUUAUUUGUAGGGAAGCUUUGAUUCAUAUGCACUGGUGGUUGUACAAAAAUAGAGCUUAAGUUAUUUAUGUAUUUAUAAUCUAGGUCGGUUCUUGCCAUUUGAUAUUAAA